AGUAUUUCAGCGCGGACACUUGGAGGAGCCCACAGGCUGUUCUGUGACAAUUGAUAGACCGAUUUAGGGAAGAUGGACUUUGAUAAACCACGGUCAUACAAUUAGUCUGAUGAAUUAUUGUUCUCUAAGCUCUUUGUAUGACUGAUCCCAGUCUACCGUUGCGAACUCCUUGUAAUCUAAAGCUUUUUCUAUUAGGGACCAUGGCAGCGGUAACAAGUCCGGAAACGACACCUCAACCACGGGUUUAUUUUCAAACACCUCCCGGUACCGAAGAAGAAGUGCCUCAGAAACAAGGACGAGUGACCGUAAAAUAUGACAGAAAAGAGCUGAGGAGGCGACUGAAUUUGGAGGAGUGGAUAGUUAGCCAGUUAAUGAAUCUCUACGACUGCGAGGAGGAUGAGGUGCCUGAGCUGGAAAUAGAUGUGGAUGAGCUGCUGGAUCUUCCCAGUGAUGUCGAGAGAACCAUUCGAGUGAAGAUGCUGCUGGUCGACUGUUACAAGCCUAAUGAUGAUUUCAUAGCGGCGUUGCUGGAGAAGGUCCGAGGGAUGCAGAAACUCAACACCCCCCAGAAGAAAGGGGAGCUGACGCCAUGAGGUCACCACAGCUCCUCCCACCACCUCCCAACCAACCUGUCACUCCAAACCCAGAGGAGAGAUGCAGGCAUGCAGACCCAACCACUAAAUCACAGCGUCUGUCAAAUGGACAUCAAUGACACGAGUCCAGCCAAGCCAAUCUCAACUGCAGGUUGAUCACUCCAAACUGUUUUUACUUCGUCUUAGUACUGUUUCAGCAUAUAUUACAUGUAGAGAGUGUGGUAGUGUCCCUUUAGCUUAAAACUCCUGUGGUGAUUUAGGGAAAGGAAUCAAAUGGUUGAUGUUAAGGUUACAAUGUUCAUUAAUACACUUCUUUCAGCCACGUGACUUGGCUUGAUGUGUCCGUCUGUAAUCAAGUAGGAAAUUAAACUGAUUGCGUUUCACCCCCUUUUUUGUCGGUCUCUCACAUAUGCUGUCUUUUAAGGGCGGAAUAAUUUUUUGCAGGCCAGAAAAUAGUUUUUAGAUGUGGGGUUUCAGAUUUUGGGGUGUGUUGAUGUAAUCUGGGAAGAGGGAGGGGGGGUGAGAAUUGUGAACUUGUGUUUUGUAAGCCAUUUUUAAUCUACCAUUUUUAGGGAAAGAAAAACAACAGGUAUGUGUUUAGUGCUACUGCUUUUAAAAAUCAUUUGACUGAGGAAGAUUAAACUAGUUUGAGGAUGAAGAGUAGAGUGAAUUUGUUACAUCUGAUAUUUUUACUAGUCUUUGCAAAUAUGAAGAGAAUGCCUAGUUGUGAUGCAGGCGAAGUAUGAAAAUGCUUUGGUAGUGUAGGCCAAGGUUAAUGCGAAAUAAAGCUCAAAGCCCACAUAUCUUUUGUAAAUAAAAAGUUUAUUCAUUUUCAAGUGACCAAGAACUUGUUGGAAUGGCAGAACCUGUACUGUGUGCACUCUCACAACCAAAUACGUGUAGUAAGGCUCUCAAAUAAACAAUGGUGCUACAUA